AUGUCAGUCCGAGGCAUUCGGAUAUGGCGGCGGAACGACGCGCGUUUCCAGCCGUCCAUCUUGGUCGAAAAGAACGGACUCGACGGAUCACUCCUAUUUCAGGGUGGUGCCAUUGCCACUUUAGGUAUGAAUGUAAAAAGGAUCUGUCAAACGACGAAAUAAUUAAGACUCGGACUCGACAGAAGUUGAACGAAGGUCGUACCAGAAAAUUGUGGACGCGUACGGACUGCUCGGAGUGCUCGCAAUCAGCAAAGAUGAGUCUGUGCUCGUGGCAGUCACCGGAGUGCUUUCAGUCGGACAACUUUAUGGAGCAGACAUUCUGAAAGUGACCAACGUCGAGUUUAUUUCUCUUCGGACAUUUGGCUCUGUUGAAAACGUGGACACCCGAAUAGUCGAUGUGAGUUUCUUGCGUUUUUGUGUCCUCGGAACCCGUGUCAUUUCAGUUACAACGGCUUCUUUCCUCCCAAAUGUUCUACUUUUCAUCCCUUCAAUCCUAUGAUCUCACUCGCUCUGCUCAACAUAGGGAUUCUCACGAUGGAAGUGACGCCCGUUUCUUCUGGAACCGCAGUCUCCACUUUUCAUUUCAACGAUACGCAAUUGACACUGACAACUGGCUUCUGAAGUGCAUGGCCGGGUGGGUCACUUCAAUCCACUUUUAGCUCAUUUCCUCUUUCUUCAGAUCUGUGCUUGUUCGUGUUGUCUACGUGGGCGCGAAUACUGGACGAGUCGCCCUGAUAUCUCGGCUCAGUUGCGAGAGGGUCGGCACGCGAUUCAACGUGCGCGGCGCCAAUUAUCUCGGAAAUGUGGCCAAUUUCGUGGAGACUGAGCAGUUGUUGCUCUUUGAAGAGAAAGAAUGCUCAUUGCUCCAAGUCCGCGGAUCGAUUCCUCUUUUCUGGGAGCAGCCUGGAGUACAGGUUGGCUCGCACAAAGUGAAACUGCGAGCAUUCGAAACAAGUCUGCCGGCAUAUCACCGACAUUUGUCUCAACUGCAACACCGAUACGGAGAGUUUGCGAUUGUGAAUCUGCUGGGAAGGAAGGAAGGCGAACGGGUGUUGAGUGAAGCAUUCAAGACGCAGCACAAGAACUCUCACUUUGCCCCGCUCGUCGACUUUAUCGACUUCGAUUAUCAUGCCCAGAUGAAGAUCUCAAAUGAAGCGAUACUGCUGCUCAAGAAGAAAUUGGUGCCACACAUGGAGAAACACGGAUUCUUCUAUUCAAUGGGAAAGGACAUUGUAAAGUAGGCGCCACGAUCUUUCCCCUGAUCUAAUUUCUCUUAAUCAGACGGCAAUCCGGAGUGAUUCGGACGAACUGUCUCGACUGUCUCGAUCGCACGAAUGCCGUCCAAACUGCGAUCGGCCUUCAGAUGUCACACGAUCAAGUGGCCUUUCUGAAUCUGAACGCCGGAAAAGUGAAUGUCGAGCAGAGAGUAGAAGAGAUUCUGAAGGACUUGUGGCAGAAGAACGGAGAUCAGUGCAGUACGAUAUACGCGGGAACUGGAGCACUGGACGGCAAAAGCAAGCUGAAGGACGCGUCGCGUUCGCUCGCGAGAACCAUCCAGAACAACCUGAUGGACGGCGCAAAGCAAGAAUCGUUCGAUCUCUUCCUCACCGGAGCUGCCUACGAUCCUCGGUUGUUCGACAGAGCCUGCAAUCUGUUGCCGCCCAGUUUAAUACAAGGUAAGUGGGAAAAUUAGUUCGUUAAUAUCAUCAUUCUUAUUUAAUAAAAAGCUAGCGGGGUCUGUCCGUUUCUUUCUUUCUUUCUCCGAUUGUCCGGUCAUUUUUUCAUUUCUAAAACAAACAUUUUGACGGAGAAAUUGAGAAAUAAACACGUGAACUUCCUAACGGUUAUGAGAAAGAAACGAGCGGCGUAGCCGCUUUCGAGCGUUAGCUCCCCGGUUUCAAAUUCUUGUGGCAGUAUAUAUCUUUUAAUCAUUUUAGAGAGUUACUAUUAUCAUGGUAAGCCUCGAAUGUUGUGAAGUGAGAUAUCUUUAUGUUGUCUGCGUACACAAUGUGCUUGAGUUUUUCAUUCCGUGCCGCAUAUUGUCUCCUUUCUCUUCAGUUUUCCUCAUUUUAGAAUACGCGGAUGCUGUUUCUCAGCUGGUCGAACGGAGCCCUGAAGUCGCUGAGCCGCAUGCCAUCAAAAUUUUCGUUGGCACGUGGAAUGUGAAUGGUGGAAAGAACAUUCACAACGUUGCAUUCCGCAAUGAAUCCAGUCUUUCCCAUUGGAUUUUCGCCAACUCAAUGAUGCGAUUGGUGUCUGUAGAGGACGAACAACUGGCGGAUAUCGUGGCAAUCGGAGUUGAAGAGCUCGUCGAUCUGAAUGCGAGCAACAUGGUGAAAGCGAGCACCACGAAUCAGAGAAUGUGGUGCGAGAGCAUUCGGAAGACGCUAGCCGAGAAGGCACCAUUUGUGCUCAUCGGCUCUGAGCAGCUCGUUGGAGUUUGUUUGUUCCUUUUUGCUCGGCCACGUGUCUCUCCGUAUCUCAAAGAUUUCGCAGUGGCUUCAGUGAAGACCGGAAUGGGCGGAGCCACUGGAAACAAAGGAUCAGUUGCCUUCCGAAUCGUCGUCUUCUCCACGUCCAUUUGCUUCAUCUGCUCCCAUUUCGCUGCCGGCCAAAAUGAAAUAAAAGACAGAAAUGAAGAUUUUGCAACGACUUUGAAGAAGAUCCGUUUCCCCCUAGGGAGAGAUAUCGAAUCGCACGACGUCAUAUUCUGGCUCGGAGAUUUCAAUUACAGAAUAAGCAUGUCGGGAGAAGAAGUGAAGAAUGCGGUGCGCAACGGAGAUCUGGCAAAACUUGUUGAGUACGAUCAGCUGACUCAGCAAAAAGCGCAGGGAAAUGUGAGGAAGACUCGGACGAACACAUCUAAGUGUUUCUAUAAUGUUUCAGACGUUCGUCGGUUUCAACGAAGGACAGCUGAUGUUCGCCCCGACAUACAAGUACGAUACUUUUAGUGACGAUUACGACACAAGCGAAAAGUGUCGAGCACCAGCGUGGACCGAUAGAAUACUGUGGAAGGAUCAGAGAAGUGAAAGGAAUACUCGACUGAUAAGUUACGAUCGGUCAGAACUGAAAACUUCGGAUCACAGGCCGGUUGGAGCAGUAUUUAUGGUGGACACGUUCAAAGUAGACGGAAAAAAGUGUGUGGAGCUGAUUGAAGAUGUCGUCGAGUAAGUCACAAUUCCUUGUUCCCACGAAUUGUUUCCGUUCAGGUCGAUGGGCCCGCCAGAUGGAACAAUUGUUGUCAGUGUGGUGGGAAAAGCCCGGUUCCCUCCGCAACUGUUUCCGCCGAUACACGAGAAACUAAAGGAACUGGGAGCCAUGGUGCAGUUGAGCAAGUUCGAGAACGGAGAUUUGUGGAUUGUGUUGAACAGCGGGGAGAUGGCUCUAGCUGCUCUAAGCAUGGACGGAUUGCUCAUCAACUCGGAGCGGAUCGAAGUGAAACUGAGGUCCCCCGACUGGUCUUACGCUCUCAAACCGCACUUGUCCGAUUUCGAUACGGAGACGUUCGAAGUUUCCGCAGAGGAAGAAGCGCUGAUCAGCGGAGCCGAUGGAGCAGGCUUCGAGUUCGCAGGUCUGCAACAAUCGAAUAAAUAUUCAAAUUGGCAUUUUGCAUUUCAGAUGAAGAUGAAGAUUCAAUCAGUCUGAUGAGCAUGAACCUGACUGGGUCGGCCCCUGAUCGGCCACGUCCGCCAUCCGCAAGAAGCGAGGCAAUCAGCAUGGCGAACCUUGGAUGGCCGGUUGAACGGCAGGACGUCCUGUCCACGUCAAUGCCGACUCGUGCCUCGUCCGCUUCUCUCGCCAACAGUUCUUGGUACGAGCACGUUCCUCCACUUGCUCCUCCCACCAGUCGCCCGGCCCAAACAAACAACAACAAGCCGCCGUCUCAAGCGUGUCUCUUCAAUCCGUUCACUCAAUCGGCGCCGACUUCUGCUCCUCCACCGCCUACUGUCCCUCUUCCACCGCCUCGCGAAGCAUCAGUUGGACCCGUUCCUCCCGCUAUUCCAGUCCGAAGAGCUCCUCCCCCUCCGCCUCGUCCUGUUAUUCCACCUAGACCAAAAAACAUGUAG